AUGAUGGAGUUCCGCCCGAUGGACCCCAAAAAGGGGCCACACCCGGUCUUAGGCGACGGCGGUGGCAUGUUCUCCAUUCCAAGCUUUCCCUCGGACGCGCAUCCCGACGCCAUGGACGACAGUCCCGCGAUUCUACGUCCAGGAUCAUCCGUAGCCAUGCUACGAGGCCAGCGCAUGUCGGAAGAGGUCGGCCAGCCUUCGUGGUACGAAGAGGAAGCCGUGUCCAAGCGUCUGAGUUGCUGCCAGAUCAUCCGCUUGGUCUUCGACUCAUUGCUGCUUCUUGCGGCUGUGGGUGGCGUGGUACUGGCCGCCUACAUGCCCGUGGACAUCGAGCGUGGAGAACGUCACGGAGGCGCGCUGCCUUACGUAUAUGCAGUGUUUGUGGCUAUCGCAGGCUACGAGUUCGCGUGGUUAGCGUAUCGAGUGCGUCUCAAGCUCUUUAUGCCUUUCAAGCUGCACGAGAAGCAGACGUCGAGAGAGAUGUACAGACAGAUCAUCGCCUACGCUGUGGACGAGGAGACGGCAGCCGUCACCUCAAUAGCUGAGAAGUUGUGCUGCAGCAGUAAAGUUUUUGCAGCGCUGGUGCUGUCAGCCUUGACAUCAGGGGCUGCAGUGGGGCUAUGCUUUGUGCCUGGAAGUACUCAAAUGCCGAUGAUUUACGUUGGAGUAAGCGCAUUCGUCGGCAUGCUCUCAGCUGCUUUAGCACCCAAUGUACCCACGGCGCUGUGUGUGCUGAUCCGGUAUGCCUACUUCUUCCUUGGCAAUGGAAGUGGCUCAGUAGACGACUACAACGGCGAUUUGGACAGCCGACACGCCAUGGAUAAAUAUCUGGCAGUGGCGGUGGAGUCGUACUCGUUACUGCUGCUGGGUGUGUGUCUGUUGCUCGUCACCCGCGCCGUGACAAGCAAAGACGCGGUGGAAUCGGCGCUGAUGAUCGUCCUGGAUGUCACCGGUUUGCUGUACUUGAGCUGUUCUGCCGCCGUGCUCGAGCUAUUCGAGCAAUCGACGCGCGUCCGUGCCAGCGGUGCAUUGGCUGGUUUCUUUGUCAUCGUGUGGAGUUCGGAGCUGGGCGCGUCCCUCACGGCUCGACUCCUCAAAGCCAUGCAGUUCCCGUGGAUGCAUCCGCUGUCAAAGCACGUGUCGUCGCAGCAGAACGUCGAAAAAAUGAUUGGAGCUAUCGGCUUUGCUGUCGGUGCUGCAAUUUUCGCGUCGAAGUACGUGGACUUCGACAUGGAUAUCGUAUUUGUCGCACUGAUAAGUGCCGGAGCGGUCAUGUGUGCCCAUGUUGGUAAACUCUUUCUGUUAAGCCUCAAGAAGAUCGCCAAGGUCUCCGCCACAGGCUCGUAUCUGCGUGUAGGCGGCGGCGUCCUCGACCGCCUCGAUACGCUUCUCUUUAUGGCCGUAGUGUUCGCUCCUUUCUUCCAACGUGCUGUCUACAACCAACCGCAGUGGUGACCAAGUGAAGUUACCAAGGCUUCAAUAUAUUUAACGAAUGUGAUCAUUGUUCAGUUUCG